AAAACAAACGAAGAAGAAAAGGCCCCUCAGUUGAGGAAAAUGGCCGACGUAGAGAUGGACAUCGCGUCCAGCAGAAUGAAUAAUGGCAACGAACACGUGAAGCAAGAUCUGGAAAGCCAGGAACGGAGUGGAAAUGAAGACAGCGGAGAUGUUUCUGAGGAAGAGGAGGAGGAAGAGGAGGAGGCAGUGACUAACGGCGAGAAGACAGAAGAAGGGGCCAAACAUCACAGCAGCAGUGGAAAACACAAGAGGAAAAAACACAAGCAUCGUAGUAAGCACAAAAAACACAAGCAUGCCUCCGACGAGGACAAAGACCGCAAGCGCAAGCAUCGUCACAAACACAGGAAACACAAACGCAAAGAGGGCGCCUCUCCUUCGGGUGCUGUCCUCUUCGCCUCCUCCAGCCACAGAAAAGUGGAGUCCUCACCCUCCUCCGGAAACCCAAGCCUGGACGACAGAGCCCUUCUGGAGGACUUGGAGAAACAGAGGGCCAUGAUAAAAGCUGAGCUGGACAGCCAGUUGAUGGAGGGCAAGGUUCAGUCAGGCAUGGGUUUGAUCCUUCAGGGUUAUAACUCCGGCUCUGAAGAGGAUGGAGAAGCUCGAGUCAGAAAUGGAGAACAGCGUCAAAAGGGCAGCUCAGGUAAACCUAUCUCUCCCAGAGGGGGAAAAAGUGGGAAAUCUAGACGAGACUCAACAGAGGCCAGCAAGUCUAACUCCAAGCGUCGCAGUCGAAGUAAGUCUGCGGACAGGUCGGGACAGACCAAGGAGCCUAAGCUGGACAAGGUGACCAAAACCACCAAGGACCCAAGUGUAAAAGACAGAGGGCGAGGCAGGAGCAGGUCCAAAGACAGAAAGCGCUCAGUCAGCACUGACAGGUCCAAGGACAGAAGCAGGAAGUCCAACUCCCCCUCCAGCUGGAGAGGAGAGCAGAAAGGCAGCCGCACUGAAAAACGUUCCUCUCCACAGCGGGACGACAGACCAAACCAGGACAGAGCAGUCCGCAGGUCCAGAUCACCUGGGCGAGAGAGGCCCGGUCGCUCAGAUGCCGACCGGGACAAACGGCCAGCAAAAUCCCCUUCCAAGGAUGCUUCGUCAGGUAAAGAGAACCGCUCUCCUCAUCGCCGAGGGCUUCACAGCCCUAUGAGGAAGCGCAGUGCUUCCCCUCGCCACAGAGAUGCCCACCAGCCCCCAGCUACUGCCUCAGACAGGACAUCGAAACAAAGCCACUCGCCAUCUAGAACAAGAUCUCCCCAAAGGAGAGCCCGAAGUCGCUCGCCAGAAGCCAGGAGGAGGGAGGUUGACAGACAGGACUCACCACUGAGGAAGCGUCCCCGGCCAGACGUAGGGCAGGGCAGAGACAGAUCCCGAGAGAACAGUCCCAGAGCAGCAUCUCGCCGCAGGAUGAGUCGCUCACCUCUGAGACGGAGGUCCAUGUCGCCACGACGACGGUCCCGCUCUUCCCCUCGCAGGCGCUCUCCAUUGGGACACAGGGCCGGGGAGAGAGACCGGUACGGGAGGCUCAGACAGUACAGGCGUUCAAUGUCCAGAGAUCGUGAUAGGAGAAGACGACGCAGCAGGGACGAGGACAAGUUCAAGGGCAGCCUGUCAGAGGGCAUGAAAGUUGACAAGGAGUCUUCAGAGGAAGAAGUGUUGGAGGACUUUGAUGGCGAGGAGGUAGAUGAAGAGGCUCUCAUUGAACAACGCCGCCAGCAGCGCCUGGCCAUCGUCCAGAAAUACAAGAUAGACAAUGAAGACAGCAACAUGGUGUCAGAGCCCAGCAGCCCUCAGAGCAGCACACGCAGCCGGUCCCCCUCGCCCGACGACAUCCUGGAGAGAGUAGCCGCGGAUGUCAAGGAGUAUGAACGCGAGAACCUCAACACCUUCGAGGCCAACAUCAAAGCCAAGCAGAACCUCAUCGCACAGGAGAAAGACGGAGCAAACCCAAAGAAGCCUUCAGCCCCCGACAUGUUUACAGAAUCUGAUGACAUGUUUGCUGCCGACUUUGAUAGUGCCAGGAUGAGAGCAGCAGGUGUCGGGAAGGACUUCAAGGAGAACCCCAACCUCAGGGACAACUGGACUGAUGCUGAGGGUUACUACAGAGUGAACAUCGGGGAGACUCUGGAUAAGCGUUAUGAUGUGUACGGAUACACUGGCCAGGGAGUGUUCAGUAACGUGAUCAGAGCCAGGGACACUGCCCGGGCCGGCCAGGAGGUGGCAGUGAAGAUCAUCCGAAACAACGAGCUCAUGCAGAAGACCGGGCUGAAAGAGUUAGAAUUCCUCAAGAAGCUGAAUGACGCAGAUCCUGACGACAAGUUCCACUGCCUCCGUCUCUUCAGGCACUUCUACCACAAGCAGCAUCUUUGUCUGGUGUUUGAGCCUCUCAGUAUGAAUUUGCGAGAGGUGUUGAAGAAGUACGGUAAAGAUGUCGGGCUCCACUUCAAAGCUGUGCGUUCCUACAGCCAGCAGCUCUUCUUGGCCCUCAAGCUGCUCAAACGAUGCAACAUCCUCCACGCUGACAUCAAGCCAGAUAAUAUCCUGGUGAAUGAGUCAAAGACCAUUUUGAAGCUGUGUGAUUUUGGUUCGGCCUCCCAUGUGGCUGAUAACGACAUCACACCGUACCUGGUCAGCAGAUUCUACAGAGCUCCAGAAAUCAUCAUAGGAAAGCCGUACGACUAUGGCAUCGACAUGUGGUCCGUUGGCUGCACUUUAUAUGAGCUUUACACCGGAAAAAUCCUCUUUCCUGGAUCUUCCAACAACCACAUGAUCAAGCUAGCUAUGGACCUGAAGGGCAAGAUGCCCAACAAGAUGAUCCGCAAAGGCUUGUUCAAAGACCAGCACUUUGAUCAGAAUUUGAACUUCCUGUACAUCGAAGUGGACAAAGUGACAGAGAGGGAGAAGGUGACGGUGAUGAGCACCAUCAACUCCACCAAAGACCUGCUGACAGACAUGAUCGGAGGCCAGCGCCUGCCUGAGGACCAGAGGAAGAAAGUGAUGCAGCUGAAGGACCUGCUGGAUGGCACCCUGAUGCUGGACCCAGCCAAACGCAUCACCAUCAACCAGGCUCUGCAGCACCCUUUCAUCCAGGAGAAGAUCUGAGACCUUGGAACGCCACAAACUCCCAGAGCAGACACAGAACCAACCAAUAAACCAGCUCUGACAGGAACUCUGCAGCAAACCCCACAGACUUCUAAUCAGAAUGUCAUGGAUUUUUGUUCUUCCUUGACUUGUUCUCUUUAUGGAUACAUAAUUGUUUUAUUGUACAUAGAUCAUUCAGAUGGUAGCCAUUCUUGAAGACAGAUUUUGCGAUAUAUCAUUGUAAAAUUCCCCUCAUACCCAGCAAUGCAGUUACGGACUUUUUUUUUUAUUUAACUGGCAUUGGAGUGACAGAUGUUUUAAAGAGGAAAAAAAAGAUAAUUCCUGUAAAUACUGUACGUCUAUUGCAUUACCAAUCUCAAGCAGCAGACAGUUGAGUUUUGAUGUAGUUGCAAAAGUCUAAAAAAAAUCUCAUCUCUUUUUUAAACCACAAUUUCUCAUUGUAGAGCAAUGCAUGCUUUUGAAUGUGCACUCUGUGUGCGCUAGAUUUCUGUGGUGCAGGCCUAUGUAAAUGCUCUGUAUGUGCAUCAGUGUCCCACAUGUGGCAGCAACUCCAAAUUCUUCAGGCUGUGAGCUCUGAACUGAAGGCAAAGAUGCAAACGAUAAACUCCUUGGAACAAGAAUUUUCUUUUUUCUUCAAAGCAGGUAGUCAUUGUUUUCUGUUGCUGGACAUUUCCAUAUUGUGUUUUCUUUUUUAAACCUUCCUCUCCUUCCAGCGCUCUGGCUCGGUCCUGGCUCUUUAAGGCUCUCACAUUUAAGUGCCUCCUGUAUGAGCCUAGUGUGUUUAAAAACACCAAACAAUGCUGGCCUCAUGAAGCCACACCUUUGACCCUCCUCCCCUCUUAUUGUUGUAUAUAGUCCACAGUUAGUCAUUUCAUGUGUGAUUAUUUUUUUUCCAUGAAGUGGUAAAAAAAACAAUCUUGUGAUUUCAAUAAAGAAUAGUUGUGGAAAAGCUGCUGAAAGAGCACCUUCAGUAUGAGACCACUUUUUAGUAAUAAAAUGUUUCCUAUUAUAUACCAA